CAGUUUCCGACCUGAACACUCAGACGUCAUAGCACUAUUGAUUACUCAUCCUGCCCCUAGCGACGAUGCCAGACAGAAACUGGGACCUGAAUAAUCCCUAAGCCUCAGAUUUUCGGAGAUGCGCUGAAUAAGCGUUGCUCUAAUACAGAAUUCAGCUUGUGACCAUCUGGUGCAGAAGUUUCCUUAAAACAGUCGCUUCCCAUUCUUCAACAUGAGAUCCCCACACCGAAGAGGAUCCUCCAUUUUUAACAGCGAGUCCUACAAAGUCGAUGAAGGAGAGUCUGAACCGCUCCUACAGUCCUCUAGCAGCACCAAGCUGUACACUCGGCGCUGGUACAUCUUGGCAGCGUUCUCUCUUACUGGCAUUGUGGACGGGAUUAUGUGGAAUACGUGGGGACCUCUAAACCAGUCUGCAAAGGCCGUGUACAACUGGUCUAACACGGAAUUAGCUGUGGUCAUCAACUGGGGAAACAUCAUGUACGGGUUGUUCAUUUUCGUGGCGUCGUACAUCAUGGACACCAAAGGUUUACGCGUGGCAGUGGUAUCGUCUAUGGGAAUCCUGGUAUUGGGAGCUGGACUGAGGAUGGUAUCGAUGAAGCCCACACCUGCUACUUGGUUAAACAACGUGGGUCAGAUUCUGCUGGGAAUCGCCGGAUGUGUUCCGUACGCAGGCGCGUCUCUCGUAUCGGCAACGUGGUUUCCGGUGAAUCAGAGGGCCACCGCGACAUCUAUUGCUUCCAUGUGUUGUUAUAUCGGAGAUGGACUCGCUUUUAUAAUCGGACCACUGAUCGUUAAACAGCUGCGCUGGACAAAAUUAACGGACUCUAUACAUAGUAAUGUAAGUUUUUCUAUAGGACUACCUCCACCACACAAUGUUUCAAACACUUCAGAUCCUUAUGACGUUGCACGGCAGCGUAAAGAACUGUUUAUGUUAUACCUCAUUGAAUUUGGCUUCGCUGCGGGCCUGUUCCUGAUGACUUUGAUUUAUUUUCCGGCCAAACCGCCCACAGCACCCAGCCUAUCAGCAGCGACUGAGAGGAUGAAAUACAAGGACGGUUUGUUGGCCCUUACAAAGUCCUCCCAGUUCUGGCUGAUCAAUGCGGCAUUCUCUCCGAAUGGCGUGUUUCUAGGCUGGACCUCAGUACUAGGUGUCAUUCUUUCUGCGGUCGGCAUUAAUCAGGAUGAGGCGGGCUGGAUAGGGUUUUAUAUGAUAGUGGCGGGCUGUGUCGGUGGCAUAACAGUGGCAAGGUUUUCGGACAUAUUUAACCGACGCGUCAAGCUGUUUGUGACGACCAUGUACCUCGUUAGCGCAGCCUGUCUUACCUGGUUUACACUAAUGUUAGUCGGGUAUAUCCCCUUCACAACAGUUCAAAUUUACAUCUCUUGUAUUAUUGUUGGGCUUUGUCUCAAUGGGAGCUUUCCACUGUUUAUGGAGAUGGCAUGUGAGAGUGCAUACCCUGUGGCGGAGGGCAUUACGUGUGGAUACCUGACCAUGAUACAUAACACAAUCACCAGUCUUGUCUUGGCCGUGCUGAUGAUACCUGGUGUGGGUACACAGUGGAUGAAUUGGACAUUGUUGGCGUUUGUGGUACUCGGAAUCCCUUUCAUCUUCGUCUACAAAGCAGAUCGCCAGAGAAGUGACCGUGACGACACGCGGCCUGUCAUAAACGACCACUAACAUUUUGACACUGAAAUUCGGGAUGAGGAUUUUUUGGCGUGGAGGGAUUUUACUGAAGCUAAAUGUUACAAGGGUACAAACUUUAAUGGCACCGCGAUUAUCAAUAUAAAGAUGAAGAAGACAAUACGACGAACAAAUGAAGGUUUAGACUACAAUAAGGCUUAGGGCUUUAAUCCAAAAAUACUCAAUAAAAAUAGUACAGAACUGUGAUGGCAUACCUUUUUUUGAACUCUUGUAGUCACAAGUUUCGUUAUUGGUUUUUUCACUGCAUGUCAGUACCAUCUAGUGAUAACACGCUAUAAAAGUUGUCAACAAGGACAACAUAAUUGGAUGAUGUCUGGAGUAUGGACGUACACGAAACUGAUAAACUGAUGAAGCAUAAUCUUAACUGAUUAAAGACCCUAUAUACUUUUUGGAAUCCAUAUUCGUGAAUCAAUUCAAAAUGUCUGCGUUCACCAUGAAUAUAACAAAUUAGUGAAUUUCAGUCAAUUUCAGACUAGCACCUGUACCAUUUAUAAUGUUUAACUGAAAGUUUUAAUGCAAUACACUUUAUGCAUAUUAGGAACAUUAUGCACGUGCACAGACAGAGCUGAUAUUUUGUGAAAGGUCAUUUUUAGGAAUAUUCUUAAAACUCGAUUGGAUUUGCGAUAUUUUGGCCAAAAAUCUCCGGCAUAGCCUCUUUCAGAGCUUGUGUGAAUAGGAAUUUGUUCAUAAUUAUUGUCCACGUAUGGAUCUUUCUUCCAAGAUUUUCGUACAUUACAUUCGUGAAAAAGGUCAGCUACUUGCAUGACAUAACUAUAGUGCAUAUUAUCUAACCGAGCAGAGAUAAUAUAGGUAAAUAUGGUAGCUUAAAAUUUUUUUCCAAGAUUUCUGUUUUCUACUCUGCACGUCCAGACAGCACACAGAAAGACAAAAGUUGAUCUUCUAAUCAUAAAUAUCCCUGUGACCAUGUAACACACAAACUAAAUGAUAGCGCUUUUUGGAUGAUAACAUGUAUAUUUAAAAUAAACUCAUUACUUAUGUAACUUAUAUUCUCCACAUGGUUAUGGAAGAUUUCAGCAAACUC